GCAAUACAGGCAUUCAAUUCAAUAUGGCAGACAGAAGCUAGCUGAAGGAGGACAAAGAAAAUGGUUAUUGUCCUUAAAUUGUGGUCUCAAGUAUUAAAUUUGUGGUCUAGUGACUCCUAAUGUGUCUUGGCAGGAAGAAAGAGUGAUAACAUCCUGAAUAUCUCACUCCAUGUUUUUGUGGAAGAUCUCGAAAGGUAAGAACUGGCUUGGGAAAGUGGCCAGUGCUUUCAAAGAUACAAAAAAAUGGCCAACACCAUAUCUAAUAUGAAGAUGACUAAUCCCUUAAAGACCAUGGUGAGCAAGCGGCGGAAACGCUACACGCAAGAUGGCUUCAAUCUGGAUUUAUCAUAUAUCCAAGAUAACCUGAUUGCGAUGGGCUUUCCUGCAGAGAAGUUGGAAGGAGUUUACCGCAAUCAUAUUGAUGAUGUUGUCAAGUUCCUGGAAUCCAAACACAAAGACCAUUAUAAGAUUUAUAACUUGUGUUCAGAAAGGUCGUACGACGUGAACAAGUUUCAGCAGCGAGUGGCUAACUACCCUUUUGACGACCACAACCCUCCACGCAUCCAAGACAUCCGUCCAUUCUGCGACGACGUCCACUCUUGGUUGACGGCAGACAGACGCAACGUGGCAGCCGUUCAUUGCAAGGCUGGUAAGGGCCGGACAGGAGUGAUGGUCUGCUGCUACAUGCUGCACAGUCGUCAGUUCCACUCAGCCAACGAGGCCCUCAGCUUCUACGGGCAGAAACGCACCACAGAUCGAAAGGGUGUAACCAUUCCCAGCCAGCGGAGGUAUGUGGGCUACUACGCUACUCUUGUACAGGAAAACCUAGACUACCACCAGGUGGUGCUGAGCAUCAGGAGUGUCUGUCUGGAGCCUGUACCUGCACUCUUCAGUAGCGGCCAAGGUAACAUUCAGCUUGUGAUAACGCACAAGCAAGAAGAAGGGACCAACAAAUACUCGACUCCGCUGCAAGAAGUGAAGCGAGGAGCUUCGAGCAUCGUCAUCAAUCUGAGUGAAGCCAUCGUGGUGCAAGGGGACGUCAAACUAGAGUUCUUCUACAAGCCCAAGAUGAUGAUGAGAAAGGAAAAGAUGUUCCAUUUUUGGUUCAACACAUUCUUUGUGCGGGACCAUUCCCUAGUACCUGAGCCGGCAGAGAACGGCAACUCUGAUCUGAUCCCCGACCGAUCCAGUCGAUCUCUGAGUUACGAAGAACAACCACUCCCCGAUACAAAACAUAGAGCUGGUUCACUGAGUCUAGAUAGUGCAGACACGAGACCACUCAUCCUCAGGAUAGGAAAGUGGGAUCUCGAUGAUGCCCAUAAGGACAAGACCAAUAAAAUAUACAGUCCUGACUUCAGGGUAAGCCUGUCCAUGGUUAGUGUGCCGGGGGAGACUGACGCAACGUCCUGGCAGCCCCAGCAGCCGCAGGACACGCCUAGUGAAAGCUCCGAGGCAGAAUCAAGUGAAGGUUCGUCUCCUGAGGAGGACGAGGAAGGCUGGGAGUCCGCUGAAAACAGAGUUGGAAGGUAUCGUCUGCUUUCCGACACUGACAUCAGGCAUGAGGAAAUCUUUCAUUCAUGAUAAAUCUAACAUUUACUGAAUAAACCUAGUGGUUUUGGACACAGAUUUGAGCCUGACCUCUACAAAGGCUAGCAGAGCCGUCGGCCUUCUCGCCUCAAUACUCUUAGAUGUGUACUGGCUUUAUAGCUCUAGUUUUUUCGCCCUCUUUUACUUUCUAGUAUUUCUCAAUUGCCCCUCGAUUCUUAGUACAAAGACCACUUUGUUAUUAAUUUCUAUUUUUAAUUUUCUUUUCCGCGGUUCGGAUAUUAAAUUGUUUUUAAAAUUGGCUCAAACGGGUGAUAUUUGAAAUGAAUGUGUUUUAAUAAGCGAGAUUGAAAGAAUGUAAAUGUGUAAGUAAACAUGUCAAACAUUAUGUACAGUUAAAUUUGUUCACCCUUCCGUCCUUGCGCCCGAUCUCGGUUGAUAACACAGAGGCUUACUCGAUAUCGCAUGUGUAAAUAAUAGGUAUAAAUAUAUAUAUAUAUGUUAUGUUUGAAGUUUUCUAACUGUAAUUAUAUUUAAUGUUUAAAGUAGUUUGAUGUAUCGACGUUUCUGUUUCGCUGUAACGGAUGUGUCGAGGUUAAGUUUGUGGCAGUUGGGACGGAAGGCGAUUCUCCUCUUUUGAUCUCAUUUAAAAGUAGCUUGAAUGUGUAAGGAAUGAACGGGGUGCGUAAAGCUCUUCUCAGGGACUUCAAGGAUUGUCAUGUACAAACUAGAAUUACGUGAACGGCCCGAUAUUGUAACAUAUUACACACUUAGUUUAGUCGAUCGUACCACUGGCUAGGAAAUACUAAAAUAUUCACCUUUUGCAAUUAUCUUGUACGUUUAACUCUCUUGUCAGUGUCUUUCUUAAUUGAUACUACAAUUUUAAUAACAUGUGUAAAAUGUGUUUGCAUUGGAAAUUAAAUGCAUUGACAAUUUUCAA